AGAAGCAAAGCAGACGAUCCCCCUUCACAGCCCACUCAACCUCACUAUUUAAACCAUCCUCCUAAACUUCUCAAAACUUACAUUUAGCCCCUCCCUCCAUGACAACCUUCAGAGUUUGCUGGUGCUUCCACCGAAAGUUCCGGGGCGCUACAGACGGCCCACCAAAGCCUAUUAAGGAUCUCUUCAGCAGUUACUCCGAUAAUGGGUUCAUGGGCCUGGACCACCUGCAGCGGUUCUUGGUCGAGGUCCAGGGCGAAACUAGCGCUACGAGGGAAACGGCAAAGAAAAUCUUGGAGUCGAGGGAUUCCAAGCACGUGUUCCAGAAGAAGGGGUUUAAUCUUGAUGGGUUUUUUCGGUAUUUAGCUGGUGAUGAUAACCCACCUCUUAAUCCAUCUCUUGGAGUUUAUCAAGACAUGACAGCUCCAUUAUCCCACUAUUUCAUAUAUACGGGUCAUAACUCCUACUUAACAGGCAAUCAACUUAGUAGUGAUGCUAGCGAUGUCCCUGUAAUCAACGCAUUGCAAAGAGGAGUGAGAGUUAUUGAACUGGAUAUAUGGCCAAAUUCUACAAACACUGAGGUGGAAGUUCGUCAUGGCAGGACAUUAACCACUCCUGCGGAAUUCAGCAAAUGCGUAAGGUCCAUAAGGGAAAAUGCAUUUGUUGCAUCUCCAUAUCCAGUUAUAAUUACAUUGGAAGAUCACUUAACUCCAGAUCUUCAGGCUAAAGUAGCACAGAUUCUUAUUGAAACUUUUGGAGAAAUGCUGUUCUAUCCAAAAUCUGAAUCUUUAGAGGAGUUUCCUUCACCAGAAGAUUUAAAGUUGAGGAUUAUAAUCUCAACCAAACCACCAAAGGAAUUCCUUGAAUCCAAAAGUAUGAAGGACAAAGAGCAUGAACUGCAAAAGAAAUCCGAAGAGGAACCUUGGGGUGAAUCUGAUGGUGAUUUUGAACAUAAGAUCGAGCAUGAUCAUGAUGAACAUGGAGAGGAGGACCAUGAUGAUGGUGAUCAAUUUUAUCAUCAGCCAACUGCACCUGAAUAUAAGCAUCUUAUCGCUAUCUCUGCUAAGAAAGGUUCACACAAAGAACUGAGUGAUUCAUUAAAAGUAGAUCCUCAUAAAGUUUCACGCCUCAGCUUAAGUGAGCAAUCUUUUGCGAAGGCUAUAGUUUCUCAUGGUCCUGAAAUUAUCAGGUUCACACAGAGGAAUCUUUUGAGGAUUUAUCCAAAAGGUACACGAGUUACCUCUUCAAAUUACAAUCCUGUUCUUGGUUGGAUACAUGGUGCUCAGAUGGUUGCAUUAAAUAUGCAGGGAUAUGGGAGGUCACUGUGGUUGGUGCAUGGAAUGUUUAGGGCCAAUGGAGGAUGUGGCUAUGUAAAGAAGCCUGAUUUUCUCUUGAAUACUAAUCAAGAUGGUAAGGUUUUCAAUCCUAACACUACUCUGCCGAUUAAAAAGGUCUUGAAGGUGAGGGUGUAUAUGGGCGAUGGUUGGCGCUUGGAUUUUCAUCGUACACAUUUUGAUCAAUAUUCUCCGCCAGACUUUUAUACAAGGAUUGGAAUAGCUGGAGUAUCAGCUGACACAGUAAUGAUGAGAACCAAGGCAAUUGAGGAUAACUGGGCUCCAUUUUGGGAUGAAGAGUUCACAUUUCCAUUGACUGUACCCGAGUUGGCCUUGCUUCGGAUUGAAGUACACGAAUAUGACCUCAACAAAGGAGAUGAUUUUGGUGGCCAAACUUGCUUGCCGGUUUGGGAGUUAAGGUCUGGGAUUCGAGCAAUCCCUCUUUGCAAUCGAAAGGGAGAAAAACUGAAUCAUGUCAAACUCUUAAUGCGUUUCGAGUUCCUUUGAGACUAAUGUUUUUACCUCCCUAAAGCUAUUGUGAAUAUCCAAAGUUACUGCAAGCACUUGAAGAGUUGUGUUGUUAUUGUUUAAUAAUUCGAGAUAUAUCACAUGUAAUGUGAUCGGGGAGAAUCUCAUUUGUUGUAACUUGUUUACCAUACUCCUAUUAGAUAUUAUUAUGCACAUUGAAAUGGUGGUUGAUCUACAAAUAAAUUG